AAACAAGAGCAGUGGGGUUCAGGAGAGGGAAACCCAAAACUCCAUCCUUGAGACGCUUGCUUUGUUUGGUGAGGAAACAGGAGUUGGAAGCAGCUCUGCUCCUGUGCUUUCCCUAACCCCGACACUGCCCCUGCGCUGAUUCAUUGAUUUGGACGGGUUAUAUACUGGGAGGGGAAGCGUGAACCACACUCGUCUCUCUUGCCAGCACAGAGCUGUGCUCGCUCGGCACUCACGGCUGCAGGACACUCGGGCCCAUGGAGCAGGGAGGCUGGUGGCUGUGGCUGCUGCUACUGGUGGGCAUCCAGUUGGCCGGUGGCCAGUGCCCGGAGCAGUGCCAGUGUGUCCGCACUGCCCAGGUGGAGUGCUCUGGUGCCGGCAUCACCGUGGUCCCCAGCCCCAUCCCUGCAAAUGCCAUGACCCUCCAGAUCAUCAACACACGCAUCACUGAGCUGGGUGACGCAUCCUUUGGCAACGCCUCCCUGCUGAUCGGGCUGCGCAUUGAGAAGAACAACCUGUCGCGCAUCAGCCCUGGGGCUUUCCAGUACCUGCCAGACUUGCGCUACCUCAGCCUGGCCAGCAACAAGCUGCAGGAGCUUCCCGUGCAGGUCUUCGAGCCCCUGGACAAGCUGGAGUCGCUGCUUCUCUCCAGCAACCAGAUCCUCCGGGUUGAGCCUUCCCACUUCGCCCACCUGAGCAACCUCAGGGAGCUGCAGCUCCAUGGGAACAACCUGCAGGAGCUGAAGGAAGGUCUGUUUGACCAGCUCACCAGCCUCACCAAGCUCAACCUGGCCAGGAACAACAUCGACCGCUUGCCACCCCGGGCCUUCGAGCGGCUGGCACGGCUGCAGGUGCUGCGGCUCUAUGAGAACCGGCUCCGGCAGAUCCCAGUGGGCGCCUUUGAUGGGCUGCCAGAGCUGCAGGAGCUGGGGCUGCACCAGAACCAGCUGGAGACAUUGUCCCCGGAGCUCUUCCUGCACAACGGGAACCUGCAGAAGCUCUACCUGUCCAACAACCUCCUUGCCACCCUGCCAAGCGGCAUCUUCCUGCCCCUGCGCGCCCUCACCAAGAUCACCCUGCACGUCAACCGCCUGCGGGACAUCUCCCCCGGUGCCUUUGGGCCCAUGCCUGACCUGCGCGAGCUGUGGCUCUACGAGAAUGAGCUCUCCACCCUUCCCACAGCUGUCUUCAGCAACCUCACCCAGCUGCAGCUCCUGGUCCUCAGCAAGAACCGGCUGCGCUCGCUGGCGCCGGGGGCUUUCCAGGGCCUGGAGGAGCUGCUGGAGCUGUCGCUGCACUCCAACGCCUUGCGCCGCCUGGAUGCCCAGGCCCUGGAGGGGCUUCCCAAGCUGCAGAACAUCUCUCUGCACCACAACCAGCUGCAGGCGCUGCCACGGGGUCUCUUUGGGGCCACCCCAAUGCUGCGGCACUUGCAGCUGCACUCCAAUGCCCUGGAAUACCUGCCUGCUGGCAUCUUCUCCCCGCUGGCCACCCUGCGGGAGGUGAAGCUGCACAACAACUCCUGGCGCUGUGAUGAGGGCAUCCUGCCCCUAUGGCGCUGGCUGGAGAACAACCCCCACAAGGUGGGCGAGACACCCCCGCUGUGUGCCCAGCCCCCUGCCCUGCGGGACACCCCCAUUGCCAGGCUACCGCGGGACCAGCUCCUCGUCCCUCAGUCCCCCUCUGCCUCCCCCCAUCCCAGCACCCCACUCCCCACUCACCCCUCGGAGGCGGCAUUGCCGGAGGGCGCCUGGACGGAGCCUCCUGUGGGGCUGCCGGUUUCCCCUCGAGAGGAGGAGGAAGAGGAGGAGAGGGGCUGGUGGGGGCUGACGCGCACGCAGAGUGGGGUGGUGGUGGCGGUCAUCGUGCUGGUGUGCGUGGCCCUACUCGCUACUCUUGUGGCACUGGUGGUCUAUGGCUGUAGGAGGAAGAGCCACGUUGUGCUCAUGAGGAUGAAGGCACCUAACGAAGCCAGGGUGGCACUGCUCUGGUUGUCACAGAAUGGGCUGGAGCAGGGCUGGGGUGCAGAGAAGAGCCCUGAUGCACAGCAUGAGGCAGGUGGGGAGAGAUUUAGGAGGGCAGUGCUCCUGCAAGGGGAGCGCUGGGCUGGUGUUGGGGUCCAGGGCUGGAGGGAUGCCCCACAGCCAGGGCAGCUGCCUAUGUGUCCCAAUGGGUUGCUCUUGCUGCAUUUCUGGCUGCAGAAGCUGCUUCCCCAGCAGCACCUGCUUGCGGGUCCAGAUUUCUGCUCUCUCAAGGCAGGGGAUGAGGCUUGGCUCCUUCUCCAGUGCAGGCUGGUCGUCUGCAUGCUGCUGGGGCUGGGGUCUCUGCUGGCAGGAGGGCUGUCCCUGUCCUGCCCCCCUGCCUGCCAGUGCUACGACACCUCCAAAGUCUUCUGCUCUGAGGAGAGGAUGCGGGAGAUCCCAGCAGGUCUGCCAGGGAACGCCACCCACCUCUUCUUCGUGGAGACAGCCCUGAGCAGCAUCCACAGCGGCGACCUGGGCCCCAGCACCACCCUCACCAAGCUGGUCUUCCUCAACAAUGACAUCCAGGAGCUGGAGGCCGGUGCCUUUUUGGGGCUGCCGAGCCUCGUUGAGCUAGAGGUGUCGGGUAACUACCUGCCGGCGGUCAGCCCAGGAGUGCUGGUCGGGCUGCCCAGCCUCAGCAAGCUCUCCCUGGGCAACAAUGCCAUCCGCUCCCUGCAGCCAGGGCUCUUCGCUGCCACAUACCGCCUGCAGGACCUGUGCUUGGCAAGGAACAAGAUCGAGGUGCUGCCCCCCUGCAUCUUCCGCCCGCUCCGCCGUCUCCAGACCCUGGACCUCUCACAGAAUGUCCUGGUUGAGCUGCCAGCGGGGCUGCUGGCCCCCCUCACUGCCCUCCGCCUCCUCAAGCUCAGUGACAACCUGCUGGCACAGGUGCCCCCUGGUACUUUUGGGGCGCUGGGCCGGCUCGUCGAGCUCCGCCUGGACGGUAACCAUCUGCAGGAGCUGCCGGCUGACACCUUUGCUGGGCUGAGAGCGCUGCAGCGGCUGCAGCUGCAGCACAAUGCUCUGGCCAGCCUGGCCCCUGACAUCUUCGCUGGGCUCCCCAACCUCACUGUCCUCAGCCUGGAGGGCAACCACCUAGCUGCCCUGCCUGCCACCCUCUUUGCCGGCACCCCUCGCCUCCUCCAGCUCUCCCUGGCCCGCAACCAGCUGGAGAGGCUGCCCCAGGGGCUCUUCGCCAACCUCUCGGUGCUGCAGACCCUGGUGCUCUCACACAACGCUAUGGCCCACCUCCCCAGCAGGGUCUUCCAGGGGCUGGCGGGGCUGACGGUGCUGCAGCUGAGCCACAACAACCUCUCCAGCCUGCCAGCCGAGCUGCUGGCUGGGCUGCCCCUCCUCACUGCCCUGGCGCUGGACCACAACCACCUGGCCCGCCUGCCCCCGGGGCUCUUUGAUGCCAAUGAGGAGCUGGCACGCGUGGGGCUGGCUGACAACCCCUGGGCCUGUGACUGCCACCUGUCCUAUCUCCUGGGCUGGCUGCAGGGCUUUGCUGAACCCCUCACCCAUGCACAAGCCUCCUGCACCAGCCCCGCUGCCCUCCAGGGACGGUCCCUACUGGAGGUCUCCCAAGGACAGCUGCAGUGCCCCAGAGCACCCAGUGUCCCCAAAGAGGAGGGCUGGGAGGGGGUGCUGGGGGAGGAUGCUCCGGAGCAGUGCACCUACAGCAACCCUGAGGGCACUGUGAGCAUGGCUUGCAAUGCCACCAGCUGCCAGCGGCUCAGCCUUCGCCUCCCUCCUCCUCUUCCUCCUGGGCAGGCAGCGGGGCCCGGGCCAGCAUACCAGGGUGCCUGGGUCCUGCGCUCCCGCUGUGGCACGCUGGAGAUCAGUGUCCUCGUCAUGGCAAGCAGCAGGGAUGAGGCCACAUUGCCAGAACUCCCCACUGCGCCCUAGGGCUGGGGCAGGUGCUCCUGCUUUGAUGUUGCUUUGGCUACCUCCAAACCAGGCUGGGAAACAGCACCUCAUCUUGUUCUGCUCCCCCUGCUGUGGUCAGCAGCCCUCACCGAGCAAUCCGCAAGAGCUGGCCUUGAGGUAUUUAUUCUCCCAGCUUUGUAUUUCCUGUGUAUUUCAAAUAUCAUUAAAACGUAUAUAUUAGUUCUGUGCAAACAGUUCCUGUGGUGGAGAAAUACUCUUUCCACUGCCUCUGCCUGUGUGUCUUUUGGAAGUGGUGAAGGUCCCUAAGGUCCAACGGGCACUGGGCUGGGGCUGUGUGUGGUGUGGCCUGCUGCAGGUGCGUGGUGGUGGGUAGGUGGUGGGUAGGUGUCUGCCUCUGGUGUGCUCAUCUCUGCCUGCUGCCCGCUCCAGCCCCGCUGCUCGCCCCGCUCCCCUCGGCAGUGCAGCCUCGCACCGGCCCCCGGGGCAUGGCUAUGGUCUGGGGUGUCCAAGGGAGACGUGGGUAAGUCCUGCCCAGCCAGGGAUGUGGCUGCAGGGUGGGCUCCAGCCCAGGGCCCUGCACUGGCAAGUCCUGCACCCACCUGGCCGGGCUUGGCCCUCAGCCCCACCAUGGCACCCUGUGCCGUGCCCCGGAGAGAUCGCAGAGUCCCAGCAGAGCUGCCCAUCGCGGGUAAGGCAGGUAAGGUGGGUGAUUCGCCAAGUGAGCGUGUGUGUCUGUGUGUGUCUGUGUGUGUGUGUGUGUGUGUGCACACGUGCUUGGUUUCGUACGUGUGUGUGUUUGUGUGUCUCUGUGUGUGUGUGUAUGUGUGCACACGUGCUUGGUUGCAUACGUGUGUGUGUCUGUGUGUGUGUGCACACGUGCUUGGUUGCAUACGUGUGUGUGUCUGUGUGCGUGUGUCUGUGUGUGCAUACGCACACUACUUAGUUGCAUACGCGCGUGUGUGUGUACCAGGCGCAGGUCGCAGCCGCCCCGGCCGAGCAGUUCUCCGGGCGGCCCCGGCGCUGCCGUGCGGUGUCACCGCACCGCCUUGCGGCCGCAGGGACACGAGCAUUGCAUUGCAUUGCAUUGCAUUGCAUUCUUCUGGUAUUUUUUUAGGUACGUAAGCUGAUCAGGAAGAGUAUCUGCAGCUAGGAAGAUUUUUAGCCACUGGAUUUAUAUAAAAACCGUUUUAUUGUGUUUGCUGUCCUUUUAAAAAUAUGUUUAUCGUGGGUUUUUUUUUAAUGUUUAUCUAUCUUACAUUUACUUUGUUCUCAGAGUGUUUUAGGGUUUCCCCGUUCAUGAAACAGAACCAAUGUUCAGUGCUCUAAAACAUGUCGCAAAAAAGCUGGCAUAUUUACAACAGGCUUCUCAUCUAAAUAUGGAAGAUAAGAGUAAUUAGUCAUGACACAGUUUGUGCUACCAACCUCAACUAUGCCUGAAUUAUCUGAAUUAGUGACAGCAAAAAAGAUUGGUUUGGGUUUUGUUUUGUUUGGGUUUGUUUGUUGAGGUUUGUUUUGGUUUUAAAUACAUGGCUAUUUCAGUUAACUGGAAAAACAAAACAAACAAACAAGACCAAGCAGAACGAACAAAACCCAAACCAACCAACCAACCAAAAAACCACCCAAACCCUAGGGCCCCAAGUCUCCGUAGAGCAUUAUGACACAGAGCCACUUCCAGGUCGUGUUUGGGGUCUGCUCCCAGUGGCCUGCUCCGCUGCUCCUCCCGAGUACCUGGUGAUCACCAGCAGUUUGGCUUCCUGCUUGUAAAAUCACAGGUUUCUCCACUUGGCUGCUAAAGAGCUUGUUUAUAUCUCCAUGCAUUCAGCCCACACGAUGCAGCUGGACCAGCAGCAAUAACAGUAGCAACAAUAUGUCUGCCAAGAACUGAGGAACCAGCAGGAAAAGCAACAGCAAGAGCCAGGUAUUCAUCAUCAUCAUCAUCAUGAGCAGAAACACAAAAUUGAGGACGAGUUCCUGCAGGACUGGAGUCUGAACGUUGGCUCAGCACUACAGGACCUCUGGUUGCUGGACAACUAUUUAGUGAUAAAAUAUCUGAAAAUGUGAUUUUUGCCAGGAAAUCACCUUGUGAAGAUCAACAAUUUCUCUGUUAGAAUCUUCUCGACAACAGAUUUUGCUCUUUUUCCCCUCAGCCGCUCAGAGCUGUUCAGGUGACCAUUGCACCUCCCUCCUCCUCCAGCUCCGAGCAGGAGAAUUAACAGUUUCUUCCAUGGAAUUCCUGAUGCAGAAUCCCGCCCGUGCUCGCGAACCUUCUGUUCUAGGUUGGUGCUUGGCAAUAUAAAGUCAUGGAAGUAGCUGACAGAGCUACUGCAGACUGUGCUGAAGAUGCUGGGAGAGGAAAAGCUAAUAAUGGUGAAAAGAGACCUUUACACAGACCCCACAUUCCCAGCCAGCAAUACCUCUGUAUUUUUUUAUUAUUGUACCCCACGUGCCCAAUUCAGAGGCCCGAUAUCUUGGUUGAGGCCUAAGGUGAGUUUUAAGUUAUAUAAGACUGUGAUUUUAGCAGAACUGAACUUUAAGGUAAGUAAAUGGUAGUUGUCAAUGAAGGGCUGCUUCUGGGUGUUUUUAUUGUUUAGAAAUACAGAAGUGAUAAAAACCAAUGUGUGUCAGUGUUAACAAUACCUGUGUUCUAGUUUUUAAGUCUGGGUGCUUGUUUGUAGGUUUGAUUUAAAUCCUGAUAUAGAACUUUUGAAUUUCAUGGCAGUAGUUGAAGUCCAGAUAUCUUGUUAUAAAUGUGUUUCAUUGUGCAAAUAGUGUCUAUAUCAAGUCUAAAAACAGCAUUAUGUCAUUCCCAAAUUUUAGAUAUAUUGCAUAACUGUCUUGAAAACAAAUAACUGGCUUUUAGAGUUUUUCAGAAGGGUACUGCUUUUUUUUCAGUCGAUUUCUUUGACAACAAGAAAGAAAUAAUAACCUUU